GGUUCUAUUCACCUUCUGUGUAGGGGCUGAGUCGAAUGGUGUCAGUGACGGACCAGGAAGAAGACUGGCCAUUAUGGGUCAUCCUUGAACGCUCCAAGCUGGGUGACAGGCGGCCCUGUUUGCGAGCAAACCAACAGGGAUAUGAUGGCAACUCAGAGCAGGGUGUUGAAUCACGUGACCAUCAGGCUUUGGUACCACCGGGCAUGGGUUGGAGGUUCUAUAAAGGUCGUCAUCGCAUCUCAACAGUUGGUUGGCGGUUCUGAGCUGCCUCAAAGCCCCAAACACAAGCAACAAGGUUGCCCAUUCGAAGAUGACAUAUGCUGAGCUCUCCCCCGAAAGGAUGCCGUAUGACCUAUCUGACGAUAACACCGACCCAAGCCUCAACGUCGCCUAUCUGAAAGAUGCAUACGAUCUGCUGCACCACACUCUGAAGAAUGAGCAGAGAGCAAAGGUUGACCUAGAUUCCUUGCCUUACAGCUGCGCAAUCCUUGAUUAUGGCAUGCGCACUGGAAUUUGGUCGAUCGAAAUUGCAGAGUGCGUAAGGCACUUGCAUGGUCGAGUGGUGGGUUACGACAUUAUCGACAUGCACCCGCCAAUGGACAUACUACCGGAAAAUUUGACCCUUGUCACAGGAGAUGACGGAAGGGUGUGGCGCAAAGACAGUCCCUACGACAUCAUUCACGUGCGAUUCGUCGAGAGCAUCGUAGAUUGGCAGAACUUCCCCAAAAUUGCCUAUAACAAUCUUAACACGGGUGGUCGCUUGAUCGUCGAAAUGGUUGAUCUUAUGCCUUGCGGCGACGAGCAGAAGUCUUUUCCAGGAAAUUCGGCUCUCAAAGCCUGGGCAGAGAAGUUCCGUCAGUACGAUAAGCGUCAAGCUGAUCAACAGGAAAUCGAGGCUUUACUCCGACAUCAGGGCUUCGACGUUACAUGCGCAGCGAUCGAUUUGCCGGUCAAUCCCUACAAGCAAUCGAAAAAUGAGCAAGAGAGCGGCAAACGCUUUCAUUGGUGCCUCAGACAGUUUCUGCAGGCGAAAUGCUUUGCGUCUCGUCGCGAGGCCCCGCCGCAAGAAAUGUUGGACCUGGUGGCGGAUGCAACCAAGGAAAUCCGGAAUCCCGAUCACCAUGCCUUCUGUAAAUGCUACGUCUUGACGGCUUUCAAGAGAGCGGACAAAUGUAGACCGUGGUGGUGAACUCAGCAGCAUUCGCCGUUCACAGGCCAGAGAUGCUGGGACACGGGUGGAUCUAUCGCACGUUUGAAAGAAGAGCAUAACAAAUGGAUUAUGCAGCGACAUUCGCCUUGGACUGUACAGAGCACGAUUUUGUCGCCACGUCCGAGAUCUCGGCUUCUUUGAAUGCCUCCUGAUACCCAUGGGUGGAGGUGUGGCACCGUCUCGUGGGAGCUAGAGGGGAUAUGUACGUGAUCGCAUGAGCUGAUGCUUGUUACGCGAUUAAGGUGUUAAUCUGCCACAAGUCUCGUACGAUGUCGUCUAACAUGCCGAAUCACUAUCUGGGCUAUGAAACCUAUUGUCUUGGGUGAAUAU